CGAGCUGCGUGCUGCAGUAACCCGGAUGUAGUGCGGCCUAGGGGAACUUGCAGCGAGGCCGUGGGGUCGAGGCGGCGGCGGCGGUGUUGGUGGCGUUCGUUCGCUCGCUCGCUUCGGGCGGGGGGGGGUUUCCUUUCUUCUCUGUUUUGUUUUGUGUCUGUCACCCACCCCCACAGCUCGCUUCGCCUUUGUCGGGACGCGUUCGCGGCUCGUCUCGUGAAGAACCUCGCUCGCUCGCUCUGCGUUGGCGUGCACGGACGGGGCCCGUGAGCGGCAGGGCGCGCGCGCGCGCGGUUCCACCAUGAGCAUGCACGGCAAGAGGAAGGAGAUCUACAAGUACGAGGCGCCCUGGACGGUCUACGCCAUGAACUGGAGCGUCAGGCCCGACAAGCGCUUUCGCCUGGCGCUCGGCAGCUUCGUGGAGGAGUACAACAACAAAGUACAGGUGGUUGGGCUGGAUGAAGAGAGCUCUGAGUUUGUGUGCAAGAGCACCUUCGACCACCCGUACCCCACCACAAAAGUGAUGUGGAUUCCCGACACCAAAGGCGUCUUCCCGGAUCUGGUGGCAACGAGCGGCGACUACCUGCGUGUGUGGCGGGUGAGCGACUCAGAGACCCGGCUGGAGUGUCUGCUCAACAACAACAAGAACUCGGACUUCUGUGCACCCUUGACGUCCUUUGACUGGAAUGAAGUCGAUCCAAAUCUUCUUGGCACAUCCAGCAUCGACACGACUUGCACCAUCUGGGGGCUUGAGACUGGCCAGGUGCUAGGUCGCGUGAACCUGGUGUCAGGCCAUGUCAAGACGCAGCUCAUCGCUCAUGACAAAGAGGUGUAUGACAUCGCAUUCAGCCGGGCAGGCGGUGGGCGCGAUAUGUUUGCGUCCGUGGGCGCCGAUGGCUCCGUGCGCAUGUUCGACCUGCGCCACUUGGAGCACAGUACCAUCAUCUACGAGGAUCCGCAGCACCGGCCCCUCCUGCGGCUCUGCUGGAACAAGCAGGACCCCAACUACCUGGCUACCAUGGCCAUGGAUGGCCUUGAGGUCAUAAUUUUGGACGUGCGCGUGCCCUGCACACCGGUCGCACGACUAAACAACCACCGUGCAUGUGUGAACGGCAUUGCCUGGGCCCCACACUCCUCUUGCCACAUCUGCACAGCUGCUGAUGACCACCAAGCGCUGAUCUGGGACAUCCAGCAGAUGCCCCGCGCCAUUGAGGACCCCAUCCUGGCCUACACGGCUGAGGGAGAGAUAAAUAACGUGCAAUGGGCUUCCACGCAGCCUGACUGGAUCGCUAUCUGCUAUAACAACUGUCUGGAAAUCCUGCGUGUUUGAGUGGAGCGAUGUUGGAGGUUUGAUGGCUGCAGAGUACAUGGGGCAAAUGUUUUGGGAAAAAUUGUUGACUGCGCGGUGUAGAGGUGUGGGUGGGUGAGUGUGUGGCUGUUCAUUGGUAGUGUUUCUCGAGAUGGACAGGAGGGCUAUUCAUGGUGACGCAGCGAGGAGCUGAUCGCACUGUGAAGGCAUUGAAUUUUGGUUAGUGGCAUUUUCUUCCGGCACGUUUUGGCAGUGGUUUAAUGGAUUACAGUGACUAUCGUCGUGUGCCAUCUGGUCACAAUUGUGUGACAAUGCCCAAAGGUGUUUGCACCCAGACGUUCUUCAAAUUUCAGGAGCAUUUGAAUUGGUAACGCCUUCUGGUCUAUGAAUUGUAUGGUUUAGAAGCUAUUGAUAUUUCAUUUAGGUAAAUGAUUUUCAAUUUUAAGAAAUGAGGAAAUCCAAAAGUUGAAAAAAGUAGCUGAUGGUGACAGCCAUGUCUUUUUGGGUUCACAUAUAUACGGCAUAUUUAAUAUAAAUAGCAUUUUAUCACCCUAUUUAUUUAAAUAUGUUGACUGUUGAUUUAAAGCUUUCGUGACUGCAGGGAUUCAUAUUCUUGGUUCUUUCGGUAAAGUCACGUAGAAGGGAAACAAUUUUGUUUUUUAUUGUUUUCCUUCUACGUGACUUUACCGAAAGAACCAAGAAUAUGUUGACUGUGUUUGACACAUUGACCCUGAAAAGUAUGAACUGCCACAUUAGGCUUAAUCUUAUUUGAAUUAUUAUUAAAUGCAAGUGUCAUUACUGUCAGAGGAACAAAGCCUUGUGUUUUUAAAAGUGCUAUGAGAUAAGCAUUUUUAUUAUUUCCAUUAUUUUGGUCUAGACAACUUGCAGCUCAUUUGCCGCGAUUUUUAUUUCAGCCUUUUCUUUACUUAAAUUGCUGUAAUUGUGACAGUUUAUUAUCGUAAUGCUACACACUGGGUCGAAAUGAGUGCCACAUUGAUGAGCCCGACCCAUUGUAAAUGUGGUGCUGAUGUGCAGUGUGGGUCACUUAAAUGGUGGCAGAUUUCUUGCAAAAAAGACAUUGCCAAUGCCUUCCUAUCAAUCCAUUUCAAAUCCUGUCUCCCUGGUAACAGUUCUACUAAGGAGUGUUUCCCAUCUUGCUGAUGCAGUUAAACUGGAUAGUCAAUAAAUUAUAGGCUGUGGUGGCUUUACCUAUUGUAGAGUUGCAUUGCAGCUUUGUGAAAGUGUAGGUUGUAGUGUCCUGUCUUUUGGCUCGGUGUGUUUCAGAACUGCGGUUACAAUGAUCAAGGCUUUGCAUUCAGCACUGUCGUUUUUUGUGCUCUAGGUUUUAAAAAGAGUAGUCUUCAGUUAGUGGUGAUAGUUCCUUUGUUUCAGUUGCAAUCUUGAGUUAUAAAAUAACACUGUUAAAAUGUGUCCAACAGUGCAGGGAAGAGGUAAAUUAAAACUGAUGUGUACAGUGGUUAAAUCUGUCUUGUGCAAGCUGGCCUUAUUCUUAGGGACCAUCCAGACGUACUCUGUGAACUGAUAGUACUUAGUAGUGUGUGAAUACAUUUUUUGUAUCUGGGAAGGUGGUGGGUGCUGUGUCAGCAUAGCUUGAACCAUUGCAUAUAUUGUCACCUCUCAAUUUAAAAAAAAUUAAGCCAAACUUUCUUUGGUCAGAAAAAUUUAUUAAUUUAAAAACACAAUAAAAAUGAUUAAAGUUGUGUCUUGGUUAAACCUAAAAUGUAAAACCUGAAAACAUACUUGUGUCGUCGUGGGCAGGAUGCAGUGUUCUCUUACGUUUUUGUUGUGUAAUUUCUGUCAGUCACAUGAAAGGUCGCAUGUUCAGUGAGCAGCAUCUGCACUGAUUUAAGAAAUAAGAUUGCUUCGUACUAUACAUUAGAAAAUAACUGUUGUGUUUUGAAUACCAACAACAUAAUUUUCUAUAUAACAUUCACAAAUGUCAAUCAGUACACCUUUAUUCGUGUUCUUAGACUGGAGUGCAUGCCAAAAUGAUAUUUUGCAUUAUUGUCUUUGCACCGGUUAUGAACAUUCGUCCUCUAAGCUGAUAAUUUAGAACAACCUUUCCUCAACUACAGCCUUCAGGACCAGCUUUCAACUCUCGUUUAAUCUUAACCACUCGACACACUCGUCGUGCACGUGCAUGUGGAUUUAAAUUAAUUUGGAAAUCUUGUUUAGGGUGUGCAUGUAAAAUGGGCCAUCAACUCUAAAGUAGUUGAUUUCAAAAAAAAUAAGCAAUGUCAAAUGCGUGUUGGUACGCCGGUGUGUCCGUUCAACCUCACAUUCUGUGUUCGUGCAUCGUACAUUGAGAAUGCUUCCAAAACAUUUUAGGAGUCGCCAUUGUUCACGUCAGGUCAAAGUCGGCAGUGUCUUAUCUACAAUAUACUGUAGCUACUGGUAAUAUGUAUAUGGUUUGUUUUGUACUGUAAAUAGUAGUCCUGUAGUAAUAUUUUAAAUCUUGUAGGAUAUGCAUUGAGGUUUGAUAGUGUACCAGAGCUUUCAUGUAUUUCCAAAAAAAAACGUAAUCACUUUGUGCUGCAAUGCUGAUUGUGAGCUAUUUUUAAAUAGUUAGCAUAUUUAGAGGGUUUCAGUUUACGUUUUACAUUGAGUAUUUUACCGAGCUUCAUCGUAAUUUUUGUAAGCAAAACUUUGUUAUAUGGGAAGAAUUCCUCAAGUAAUUAAUAUUUUGUUAUUGGGCUUCCUCAAGCAUUGGGAAUGCAGUUUUGUUUUUGCAGAAUAACAACAAGGAAACUGGUUUAGCACGGAAAUUAUAUAAAGCCUGUAAUGUAUGCAUGCCAUUUGUAUCGGUGCAUUACAACAAAGACGCUUGUUUUUCACUCCGUUUUUCCUAAAUAUUAUUAGUUGUGAAGGUUUAAUUGUAUUGUAGCUUGAAUUAAGGCAUUCACAAGUUCUUCAUUAGGUGAGGCCAUCUAAUCAAAAUCCGUGAUUUAUAUCAAGCAGGAAGUUGUUUCAAAGGCCUGGGAUUGUAUAUCUGUUUUGAAAUAUAAAAGGAAAGUGCAAACAAAAGUUUGAUGGCAAAUUUUGUCCUAAAAAUAAAAUAGUCCUUUGUGUUGAUGCUGUUUUGUACAAAGCAUGAAGACACCAAGUUAAGGCAGCAGUUUACUAAACUUAAACAUGACAUGUUCAAUGUUAUUUAAUCAUAAACUUUAACAUGACAUUUUUAUUAAUCGGAUGACCCUAAACUUUAACAUGAGAUGCUCGGUGUUGUUUAACCCUAAACUUGAACAUGGCAUAUUCAUAUUCAAUUGACCUGAAGCUUGAACAUGGUAUUUUCUUUGCCAUGGAACCCUAAACUUGAACAUGACAUUGCCAUUGUAAUUUGACCCUAAACUUGAACACAACAUUUUGUUAUUUGAUCUUUGAGUGUGGUUUGGUGGCCAUGCACGAUGCGACACUGCUUGCAUCUACAAGUUUUUAUUACAACCUGCGGUAGAAUAAAAUACAAGUUGUACGCAAUCUUCGCAUAACCAGCCUUAUACGCUUUUGUUCCAAAUCUAUGCUCAAGUUUGUAGUAUGUUACACUCAUCAUUUAUCAAGUUAGUGUAGUAUUGUAGAGUAAUUUUUUAUGCUUUAUGAAUUGUACACUUGCAAGUUUUCAGUAGUCCCUAUCGUGAAAACAUGGACAUUUUAAUGAAAUUAUUUUGGGAAAUGAUUUUGUCUUGUUAAAAUAUUUACAUUGUUUUUGUGUAGCAAACAUCCUUGUGUGGUGUUACACUUAUAUGGAUUUGUCAGACUUGUUAUUUGUUUAAUGUAUGAUGGUUUUGUUGUAAAAUAAAAGAAGUACUCAUCAA